UCGAGCGGGUGCUGCUAGCGGAGGCGCCAUAUUGGAAGGGACAAAACUCCGGCGACAGCGAGUGACACAAAUAAACCCCUGGACCCGUUCGUCUCCGCAGCACUCAGGACCGCGAUGUUGUACCUAGAAGACUAUUUGGAAAUGAUUGAGCAGCUUCCGAUGGACCUGCGGGACCGCUUCACGGAGAUGCGCGAGAUGGAUCUGCAGGUGCAGAAUGCAAUGGAUCAACUAGAACAAAGAGUCAGUGAAUUCUUUAUGAAUGCAAAGAAGAAUAAACCCGAGUGGCGAGAAGAACAGAUGGCAUCCAUCAAAAAAGACUACUAUAAAGCUUUGGAAGAUGCAGAUGAGAAAGUACAGUUGGCGAACCAAAUUUAUGAUUUGGUAGAUCGCCACUUGAGAAAGCUGGACCAGGAGCUGGCUAAGUUUAAAAUGGAGCUGGAAGCAGAUAAUGCUGGAAUUACGGAAAUAUUGGAGAGGCGAUCUUUGGAAUUAGAUGCUCCUUCGCAGCCAGUGAACAAUCACCACGCUCAUUCACAUACUCCUGUGGAAAAAAGGAAAUAUAAUCCAACUUCUCACCAUACAGCAACAGACCAUAUCCCUGAAAAGAAAUUCAAAUCCGAAGCUCUCCUGUCCACCCUUACAUCUGAUGCUUCUAAGGAGAACACGCUGGGCUGUCGAAAUAAUAAUUCCACAGCUUCCUGCAACAAUGCUUACAAUGUGAACUCGUCCCAACCCCUGGCAUCCUACAAUAUUGGUUCAUUAUCUUCAGGGGCUGGCGCAGGGGCCAUCACCAUGGCAGCAGCUCAGGCAGUGCAAGCAACAGCACAGAUGAAAGAAGGACGAAGAACAUCGAGUUUAAAAGCCAGUUAUGAAGCAUUUAAGAAUAAUGACUUCCAGCUGGGAAAAGAAUUCUCCAUGCCCAGAGAGACAGCAGGCUAUUCCUCCUCGUCGGCACUCAUGACAACCUUAACACAGAAUGCCAGCUCCUCGGCCGCCGACUCUCGCAGUGGCAGGAAGAGCAAAAACAACACCAAGUCUUCAAGCCAGCAGUCCUCCUCCUCAUCCUCAUCCUCGUCCUCCUCCUCCUUAUCUCUGUGUUCGUCAUCUUCAACUGUAGUACAAGAAGUUUCCCAGCAAACAACGGUAGUGCCCGAAUCUGAUUCCAACAGUCAGGUCGAUUGGACUUACGACCCAAAUGAACCCCGGUAUUGCAUCUGUAAUCAGGUAUCCUAUGGAGAGAUGGUGGGAUGUGAUAACCAAGAUUGUCCAAUAGAGUGGUUCCACUAUGGGUGUGUCGGCUUGACAGAAGCACCGAAGGGGAAGUGGUUCUGUCCGCAGUGCACGGCUGCCAUGAAGAGAAGAGGCAGUCGACACAAAUAGAGAGGGGCUUCACCGCAGGAAGGGAGAGCUUCAGCUCGGCAUUUUAUACGGGACUCUAGAAGGAACGACACGAGGACGAAGAAACAACUCAUUUCCAGGAGACCACUUAAAGGAUUACAUAGACAAUCCUAUAAGAUCUUGAACUUGAAUUUUAUGAGUUGUAUUUUAAUAAUGUAAGUAAAUUAUUUAUGCACUCCUGGUGUGCUAUGAAUAUUAUUCCAGUUAGCCUUGGAUUAUUUCUGUGGCCAACAUAUGCAGACAUUUGUACUCCUCAACCAUUUUCUCAAAGUAAUGGGCAUUCUAUAAUUUAAACUUCAAAGAAUUCCAACGAUGAAGAUUUUAAGAAAGAAUUUUAUAUUCAACAGGUAUAUUCUGCUGCAUGUACUGUACUCCAGAGCUGUUAUGUUACACUGUAUAUAAAUGGUUGCAAAAAAAAACAAAAAACAAAAAACAAACAAAAAAAGUCAGUCCUUCGAAAAAGGAUUAAGAUAAUGGUUUUUAAGAUGCCUUUAUAAUAAGCUUUGUUUCUUUGUGAAACUCAUUCAGCAGGCUGAAGGGAUUGGUUUAUGUGAUAAAGUGGGCUGAGGUCCUCUAGAGUACCUGGGUACAUAAACAGAAACUCCUGUAGGUAAACCCGAUCCGUGCCAUUAGUCUACAUGUUUCUGCAUCCAGAUAGAAUGCCACUCAAGCUCAAGGGGGUGGGGGUGGGGCCUCUGGGGGAAAGGGCGUUAAAGUGAUACAUUUUUAUACCAAAUGUGUUUAUUUUUUUGUGCGAGUAAUCCUUAAAUUGGAAUUGUAUUAGGUGUUAAAAUAAAGUUUUUUAAAAAAAUAACUUGUAUUUAUACUUUACACACUUAAUUAUGAAAAUUUCUUAAUUGCAAUUUAUUUCUAAUUUUCAUAAUCGAAAAAAGGUUAGAGGUUAGCAUGCAGAAUGCUAUGUAAUCUAUGAUUUCUAUAAUAAUGGUUGGAAAUUGUGCUAUGAGGAUAAGGAAAGAACAUUUUAAAUGUAAAUUUGAAGUGUCAAAUGUAUUUUUCUAGACUAUUUCUCUGGCUUUGCUUUGAAUCUAAGGGAUAUAAAAAGAACCUAAUUACAGCAGAUACAAUGAAAAUCAUGGCUAUAGAUGUUUGGACUGGAAGCAGUGUGGCCAGUAUGAUUUAAAGAGACCUUAAAAUACAGUUCUGUUUUUAAUUCUGUGACAUCGUGAUGUGGCAGUUAAUUAACUCUUAAAUCACUCUGGGCUUUGUGAAACCAAGGCAAUGCAGGUUUCCAAGCACUCCUACUGUGCGUGCAGUUUAGGCGAUGGACUUCACAUAGUGGAGGCUUCACUUAAUAAAUGUUCAGUGGAUGGGUAGAAAAAUUGAUGAAACCUCAAAGAUCAGACUUCUCAAUAUUGAAAUAUAUGAAAUCCAUCAGACUUGUGCUUUAAUGAAGCCCACUUCUGAAUCUUUUAGAAUGUACUCAAAAGGCAGUGUUAAAUCUAUGUAAUGCUACCUAAAGGGUAGAGAUUUGACAGAUUUUAGGAGCCUCAUCUUGCUGUAAGAUCCUGGAAUGCUGAAUUGACACAGGCUUACUUUAUAACUUUUGUCAGCCCCAAAGAUGGGUUCAUACAGUCCUUAGGAUUUAAUAUCAUCAAGAGUGUGAUGAUUUCACAGUAUUCUGUAAGCCUCUAAGCAAUGUAUACAGUUGUUCUGUUAGCUCUGGAGAUGCUUGGAUGAGAGGCGUUUAUAGGCUUACACACAGUCACACAAUGUGACUCUUCUAAAGUCAUCCACCCUGAGAGCUAUCUAGAGGACAUCACCUUAUUUGUUGAGUCAGGAACAUUCCUAUAUUGAGUCCCUACAGCUCCUCUCUCUCUGCUGUACUUAAGAGUCUCUUAGAAAGAAAACAAGGUAGCAAGCUUUGAGCUCAAACAUUGACUCUCUUACAAACUAUAUAUAAAGAAAGUAUAUACACCAAAAUUUUACAUUAAAUACUUAGAACUGAGUAGAACCUGUUACUAAAUUAGAUAGAGAUGUAUAUACGUACAUACCAUAUAUUAGCAAACAUGGAACUACCUCAUUAAAGCAGCCCUUCCAGCAUUAAUAUAAUACACUUGUUGCAUUUACACCAAGACAUUCAGAGUCUUUGUUGUACAAAACUUCUGUAACAGUGGGUGGCAUAAAAGGCCCACGUGUGAGUUUGCAGUUUAUAGGUGGGGAAAAAUGAGGCCUUACUGCUGUAGUGUAUAUUUAAAUGUUCAUGGUAACACAUUUGAAGCAAUAAAUGGCUUAAUUAAAUGCCUA